GUGUUACAUAGUAACCCAGCUGAGCUUUGUGGCGGUGGAGACGUCGCUACAGGGGUUAAAACUGGACACGGACUUCUCCAAAGAAAGAAUAUUAAUGUGCACAUACUUCGCUGCGGUUCGUGGUGCCGAGCGUGGAGUUUGGAGCGGCGGGAAGAGCGUCGCAUUCAGCUCUUUUAAUUGUUUUAUUCAACCUGCUUGAAAAGGGAAAACGUCAUGUGUCCCAAACCAAAGACUAAGUUAGGGCUAAGAAUUGAUAAUGUCAAUGGAUACACGUUUUUAAUACGAAAGGAACAUUUGUGAGGUGAGCCUUUAGGGGGGUUGCAUUAGCUUAGAAGCUUAGCCUGAUAGAAACCGGUCGGGUUUGAGCAGAUGUGACCAACGAGGAGGGGGGGGGGACACAUUUACUGUACCGCCAGCUGUCUGUGUGUUAUCUAAAUGGUCCAUGCAAUACCACUGCACAGAAAAAAGCCUGUCCGCCCUUUGACGACAAACAAAAAGCCUAAUUUCUUCCAGUGGGACGUUGUUUCUGGUGACACAACCCGUUCACCAUGGACCUGCUGGACUGUCCGCUCUGUCUCUUCCUGAUGUGCGAGCCGGUGACCAUGUCGUGCGGUCACACAUUCUGCCGGAGAUGCGUGGGGGGCUACCUCCAGUCCAAAUGCCCGUCGUGCAAAGAGAGGUUAAAACAAAGAGAGGUGAAAAGCAUGAAGAACAAUGUGUUGCUCAUCGGUGUCAUUGAAAAGUGCUGCCCCGACGAGACAAGGAUGAAGUGCCAUUUACUGGAGAAGCUCAAAGCCAACGAGUUCACCGAAGCUUUACGCAUCGCCAAUGAGGGGCUAGACUUAGCCCCAGAUGAUCAGAGUUUAAAGGUGUACAGAGCUGAAGCUAACUGGGGAAUGAUGCGUUUCUCUGAUGCUCUGAUUGACCUCGACCGCCUCUGCUGCCUUCGUCCCAACUGGACUGAGGGCUUCUUUCGUAAAGGGAAUGUACUGCUGGAAAUGGGUCAGCAGACAGAAUCCCUCAUCCAGUUCCACCGUUGCCUAAAUCUACAAGCUGACUUUGUUCCUGCAAAGAGCCAGAUCAAGAAGAUCCUGGAGGCAGAGGGCGUGGCAGUGCCGGACGAGGUGCCCUGCAUCUUGCAAGUCGUGUCCGAAUACCUGAAAGAGCCUUGCCCCAUUACCAGCCUGAGUGGCUCCCAAGGGCCAACUCACCCUGAGGCCCUCAAACAUCCACAUGGGGAUGAGGGAGAGGGAAUUGGGAGGAGAGAGGCACACCAGGGCUCCAAGGUGACACAUGACUCAGGCACUGAGUGCUGCCUCAGCCUCUGCCAAGCUGUUUCCUUCCUCCCUGCUGCUGAAGAGGACGAGGAGAUGAUGAUGAGGAAAGAAGAUGGGCAUGGCAGGGGUGAGAGUAGUCACCGCAGAGAGAAGAUUCUGGGUGUUCUCACUGUGUCAGACUUCGAGUGCCCUCUCUGCAUUAGGUUGUUUUUUGAGCCAGUCACAACCCCCUGUGGUCACACCUUCUGUAAAAACUGCAUAGAAAGAAGUCUUGACCAUAACCUCCGCUGCCCACUCUGCAAACAGCCACUACAAGAGUACUUUAAAAACAGGAAGUACAACCCCACAGUUCUGCUUCACGACAUCAUGACCCGACUUUUCCCCUCACAGCUGGCUGAGAGGAAACAGGUCCAUGAUGCUGAGAUGGCUGAACUGUCCAAUCUCACUAAGGACAUCCCUAUAUUCGUUUGCACGGUGGCCUACCCUGGAGUGCCCUGCCCUCUGCACAUUUUUGAGCCUCGGUAUCGGCUGAUGAUGCGUCGCUGCAUGGAAACUGGCACCAAGAAAUUUGGCAUGUGCAGCUAUGAGCAUGGGAAGGGGUUUGCAGACUACGGCUGCAUGUUGGAUAUCCUCAGUCUGGAGCUGUUGCCAGAUGGACGGUCCUAUGUGGACACAGUAGGUGGCAGCAGAUUCAGGGUGCUUAAGAGAGGUCAGAGAGAUGGCUACCACACUGCUGACAUAGAGUACCUGGAGGACCUGAAGGUUGAUGGUAGUGAGUUGGAGCUUUUGCACCAUCUCCAUGACAGUGUGUACCAGCAGGCUCAGGACUGGUACCAGCGCCUUGGCAGCCGCAUUCGCGAGCAGAUCAACAGACAGUACGGCACCAUGCCAGAUAAAGAGGAAAACAUUCAGGCCUCAUCCAACGGUCCGUCCUGGUGCUGGUGGCUGCUCUCUGUCCUCCAGCUGGACCCUGCCUAUCAAACCACUGUCCUCUCCCUGACCUCACUCAAAGACCGUUUGGGACAUCUCCGCCUCGUCCUUGAGUACUUCUCUCAGAGCUAAACCCCACAGCACAGUGGUAUUGUGGCCACAACCAGCUCAGAGUCAAAUAUUGCACGCACACACAAAUGGAGUAAAAUCAAAGAAUGCACUCACAUGAAAGACAUCUUAGGUUGGUGCUGGGUUUCGGGCUCUUUAAAUUGUGAAGGGACUGUCUUUAAAGUCACAGUUCAAGGCCAAAUCAUCUGAUCAAUUGCAGAAAGGUAGUGAUUCUAUUGCUAACCCCAGUGCAGUCAUACAGAUUUGGGUUUUUGCUUCUUGAGUUUGCAUAUGUCUAUCUUUCUUACCACCAUUUUCUUUCCUGGUUCUUUCAGAGUAAAGUUUCAGAAUACACACUGCACUUGCUGCAACAGGAAGAACAACAGGGUUAACCAAAGACGAUUUUUAUUUAGGUCCAUCAAAAGUGUUCUUUGUGGUUAAACUACAUCAGUUAAUUUUCCUAAUAAUGUUGCUGAAAAUAGGCACUAGGUGUCACUGUUUUUUCUCCAGUUCUUAUAAACAUGACAAACAUGCAACAGCAUUAACCAAGCCAGUACAGUAAACUGUACUGUCAUGAGUUGCCUAUUCAAAUCAGACUCUGCAUUAAUGUAAGUAGGUUUGAAGUCAGAAUAAACAGUAAUAGCACACACAAUUUUCCUGAGGAAUUUUCUUCAGGACUAUGCACAUCAGAGGAUUAAAGUUCAUGUGCCGAAGGUAAUCAUUUUGAAUAUUCUGAGUCAUUUGGAUAUAGCUGAAGGGCAUUGCUUGUAAUGCUUAAAUUUCAGUCGCAUUUAUUGGCCUUAGCAGCCAAUGGCUACGGCUCAUUUUAUACUAUUAAAUACUCUUAAAAUAUCCCUAUUUAGUAUUAGUAAAUACUGCAAUAAUACUUUGUAGUGUCACAUUAAAUGGCAGCAGUUGGAGGAUCUAUUUUUUUUUUUUAAUGAAUGAAAGCUGCUCUCUCUGGAUGCUGUUUGUUAUCACCUGGUGGGAAAAAGUCUUCUGUGAAAUCAUGACAAUGAGGAGAUGCUGUCUGUGAAUGGGAGACGGAGGCAGUACCAGCUUUGUAUUACAGUAUGAACCUGUGUAAUGUGUACUGAGUCAUAUUUGUCUGUUGCCAUCUUCAUCAGUUGAUUGUUUGUUUUUGUGUGUGUGGUCAGCUCCCUCGAGGUGCAGUCCCAGGCGACAGUGCAACAUCUAUUGCACAGGGAUAACUGUAAAACAAUAGUUAGGGUCUGACUAGGGCUAAGUCCCCCUGUGGUACCUGUGUGUAGGCCUUAUCACCUACUUCUUGUCCUGACUUAGUCUCCCUGUCUGUCUAGCCCUUCUACCACCAGUCAUGGUGCCUUUGAGUGCCUGGGCCAGCUCACAAGGAGACCUUCAAGUCUUAGAGGCUGAACACCACAUAAAGGAUGGACAGUGUGAUUUUUGCCAUUGAUCUUUAUUGAUAUAGUGCUACAUUCCAUGGAAUGUUGAAGCUGCAAUGUUAUGUAUAGUUAAUUAACUAACAAAUACGGGCUUAACUGGGUGAAACAAAGGAGAUUUUUUUUCUUUUCUACUUUGAUAAAUGUGCCAUAGAUAUUUCUAUGUUCUGUGUGUUGUGGGAAUAGUUUGCUAAAUAGCCACUGUGUUUAUAUUUGUCUGCAUCAUGGAAUCUUCAGUUAGUUUUCAACCCUCAUGCCUUUUGUAUGGUGGACAGUGGACAACCAUCGUUGUAUGGCCAACAUAUCACUUUAAACAGUGAGAAUUAGUCCAGGUAUUGAUACAGUUUGAACAAUACAGAACAGUAGCCCUGCUGUGUGAUAUUGUAGGUAUAGCUUAGAAUAAAAGGGGCAAUCAUAAGUCUUGAUACGCACAAAAGGAUAAACCAAUGGAGAGAAGGAUACUGGGGCAGCAUUGGUUACCGAGUAACAGGCACUGAACUCUGACCUGGCAACUUACACUUUACUUGAGGGCAAGAAACACCGUUUUCACCAUUUCUUUAAAUGCGUUAGUCAACCUCAGUUCAUAUACUGAAGUUUUAUUAAAGCCAUCUGGGAUUCAGAUUGGAGACUUGAAUGUGCCAGUUUUUACAACAUGUCUUCAAAGGUAGUAGUGUUGAUUUCAGUGAAAGAUUACAGCAUCAUAAAGGUCACUUUCUUGCUACCAGACAUCAUUAAAGCUCACUCAAAACAAAAAGGGACUGAGAUUCUCAUAGAAUCUUUAAAUAACCUGACUCUUGGUGGUAAAAACACAGUCUGUGGUUGCCCAGGUGAAUUUCACUCCCCUGUCCGACUUCUUAUCAGAGAAGACCAAUAUUAUUGCACAGUUGAAUCAUUUUGUAUGUUUGUUUGUUUUCAGAUGUUGCAGCUGCAAUAUCUUACACGAGUUUCUCUCUUUUUCAAAUCAUGCAUUUUUCUGUCACUUUUAUUACUUAAAGAUGCCUCCUUUCAUUAAAGAAUAUGGUGAUGUAUGCUGCAUACAGCAAUCUCUGAUAUGGGUUUACUCUAUUUAAAACAAAACCUAAUCUCUGCAUCAAUGUGUGAUUUACUUCAUAAUCCAAUGCUAAAUGUAUUUGAAAAAUAAAUUAUUGCACCUCCA